GUAGGGAAUGUUCAAGGUGACGAUGUCAUUGUCAAAUGGCUAAUGAUUCAAUUAUCAGAGCUUUAAAAACGAAAUCAAAUUCGCUUAAUUUAAGUUCUAGGAAAAUUACACUUCUUCCAGAAGUUUUUGAGAGGCUUACAUGGAUUGUUGUAUUAAAGUUGAAUAACAAUAAUCUGUCGAGUCUGCCAUCUGAACUGGUGUGUUUACAGAAGUUGACAGAGCUCAAUCUGGGAAAUAAUGUUCUUGAGGAGAUUCCAUCUGUGUUAAAACACCUCUGUUGUCUUAAAAAACUUUAUUUAUAUGGGAACAAUAUCAGCCAUUUGUCAUCAGAGGUGCUUGAGGGUCUACCAAACCUCGUGCUUCUCAAUUUGAACCACAACAGAAUCAAAGUCAUUCCUGCAGAAAUUAAAAAACUAUGUAAUCUAAAGAGCAUCAGUGUCACAGACAAUUAUUUGCAGCAGAUUCCAGCUGAACUGGGCUUGAUAAAGAGUUUGACUGAGAUUAACUUCACUAAUAAUAAACUGACUCAAAUACCACAGCAGCUCUAUAAUUUAUUACAGCUGAGGAAGUUGUACUUGGCCAGAAACCACCUGACAGAACUACCAGAGGGUGCUCUUGGUUGGAAAAAUCUGAAGAUCUUAGAUGUUGCCGGAAAUCGUUUAUCAGUGUUUCCAGUUGGUUUUCAGUUUCUCACAUUGGAGGAACUGUUUUUUGAAGGAAACAGUUUAGUUCAAUUCACACUGAUGGAGUCCAUUCAAGAGAAAGAAGUCCUCUCAUUAAAAGAACUCUCAGCGAGACUCAUCCUCCAGGAGAGCACAAACAGGUUCUCAGUGGUGUCCAGAGCUCUGCCAAUGUACCCAGAGCUGCAGGACAUGCUGUCUCAGUGGGGCCAGUGUGUCCUGUGCUCACAACCCUUCCUCACCACCUGGCUGGAGUGUGUGCAGUUCAUCAACACCAAGAAGCACAUGGGGAUGAAAAGCUCACAGUCUAUUCCAGUGAGAGUUUUGCUGUGCUCUUACAACUGCUUCAACAGAGAUGACCACCAAUACUAUGGGCUUGUACGAUUGUAAAUUAAAAAUGUCUUUUUAUUUUA